GCUGGCCUCUCUACAUUUACUGUGAACUACAACUCCCAGCAUUCACAGUAAAACGUCACAGCAAGUGCCAAAACAGAACCGACCACGUGAUUGUACUAAAGCAGAGAUGGAAGUGGAAACAGCACGGCCUUAUUUUUUUGGUGACAUCGGUUUCUGGGCAGAGAGGACAGAUGUUCAUAAGGCUGCGUAUCAAGGUCAGGUGUCAGUGCUGCAGAGUUUGAUUCAGAGUGGAGCUUCAGUGAAUAUUGUGGCUGUGGACUCCAUCACUCCCCUCCACGAGGCAGCUGCACGCGGACAGACACAGUGUGUGAGAUUGCUGCUGGACGCAGGGGCUCAGGUUGAUGCAAGGAAUGUGGACGGGAGCACUCCACUAUGUGAAGCUUGCUCUAUCGGGAACUUCGAGUGUGUGAGGCUUCUUUUGGAGUAUGGAGCAACAAUCAACCCCACCCUUACCUCACGUACCACCUCCCCUCUACAUGAGGCCUGCAUAGGAGGUAAUGCUGAUUGUGUGAGGUUAGUGAUUGCAAAAGGAGCCAGUCUGGAGGCUUAUGACCUGUACUAUGGUACUCCUCUGCAUGUGGCGUGUGCCAAAAAACACCUGGAGUGUGUCAAGGUGCUACUGAAUGCAGGUGUGCGAGUGAACGCCACUAGGCUACACAAGACGCCUCUGCAUCACGCCGCCAAGUCCAACAAUGUGGACAUGAUUGAGCUGCUGGUGGAGUUCGGAGCCAACAUUUAUGCCAGAGACAAAUAUGAUAGGAAGCCAGUCGACUACACAACCCAAGAUACGCCCUCAGCACACUGCCUUCAGCUUUAUGAGAGUAACCCUCUUUCUCUGCAGCAGCUGAGCCGUAUCACCCUGAGGACCGUCCUGGGCACUAAAGCUGUGGACGUGGUGACUAAAUUGGAUAUUCCCAACAGUAUUAUCCGUUAUCUCUUAUACCAAUGAACUCCUUCCGUAGAGAUCCACAGAUGCAGUGGAAAGAUGUAAUUUUAUCUCAAAUGUACAAAAACAAAUAUGCAUUAUAUCAGUACUGUCGAGCAUUAAAGGUGAAGUGUGUAACUUUUUUCAACGCUAAAGAAAUCAAAAGUAACAAUUCAUGUUUUUUGCCAUAUUUAUUAUAAAGGAUUGUUCCGUGCACAAAAUUCAUUUUGAAUUCACGUAAUCACAUAAUCUUUAAUCAAAAUAACUUCCUCUCCCUCUGAAAGCGACGUCUCGUCUCUUACCAAUAGCUCUCGACCAAUAGCAAACCACAACCAUUCAACGAUCCAAUCAAUUCCCGAUGGACAAAUUCAAGUCCAUUUUACGUCACAAUAAGGGGAAAAAAAGACUAUCGCAACUUCUGUUUCAUGCAGUCUUUAAAAAUGUAUCCUUAUCAUUAUUCUUACAAUUUUGUACGGUGCAACUAUUGGUACAGAAAUUAUACACUUCACCUCUAAAAGAAUAGUUCACUCAAAAAUAAAAAUUCUGUCAUUAUUAACUCACUUUCGUGUCGUUCCAAAACUGUUACAAAACCCUUUUUUCUGAAGUCAGUGGGGUACAAAAAAACCUUUGGUCCCCAUUGACUUUCAUUGUAUAGAGAGAUGAAAACAAUAAGAAAGUUUAAAUAAUAUCUUAAUAAUAUGACAGAAUUUUCAUUUUUUGGGUGGACUGUCCUUUUUAAUGAACAAAAGCACAGCGGAUUACAUUAAAUAGGGAGCACUUCGUUAUAGCACUUCUCAUCACAGCAGUCUGGCCUUGGUCAGUUUAGGACUAAUGUAAACCAUUAAAUGCAUGCAAGAUAUUGCCAGAGAGAAAAAGCGUGAGAUGGAGACACAGAAAGAGGAAACACUUAAUCUGGCAGCUGUCUACAUUCAGGAACUCAUCUGACCACUAAAUGAAGUCCAGGGAAACAGCAGCACAUUAGUCACUAUGCUUUGCUGGAUUGCUGGAUAGUAGCAUGUGAACAUCCUCAUGCAUUUAUUAGAGAUUCAUUAUAGGGGAACACAACGGCUUGAACAAAGUGUUCUUGAACAGGCCUGAGUAAAGCACGGGCAUUUACAUUAUGACAUGGGAAGCUUGAGUUGUACCACCGCUCUGCCACAUUCGUUGUCUAUGUUCCGCUAUAGUGACGCCACGGUGACACUGACAGGAACCAGUUUACGGCGUGUUGGAUUUUAGUACUGUUGUAUUGGUACACCGGUCAUAAUAUUUCAGAAUUCCUCUAAAGGAUUAGCUAUUAUCUGUAUAUGUUUGUUAUUCUUAAUUGCUGUUCUUACAGGUCAGAUUUUGUCUGAAGUGAGGAAAAGAUAUUAAACGUGAAACAACUUUUACUGAAGUCCCAUAAUGUAAGAUUUUUGAGUUAAUCAGAAUAUGCAGGAAAAUGCAUUAGGUGGGACUUUAUAUGAUCCAUCAGGAUUUGAAUGGAUCAUGAAAUGUAACAUUUUUUUUGUUAUUAAUAGUAUAUUUCCUAAAUUUUAGAUACAUCACAAAGAAGUUAAAUGUGUUUCAUAGGUAAACGACAAACUUGCAUUUACUUCGCAUGCACUUAUGAAUUGCAUAUGCAGAUAAAUUGCUGCAUGUACA